AGCUAUAAAGCUGGCCUCUCGCACCGCCCGGUUCGACUAUCCUCUUUCCAGAAGCACAAUCCACCGUUCCAGUUCUUUACAAUUUCUUUUCCAGACAUCCUUGACAAUAUGCUGGGCAGCAACCGUGGAACCACGACUACUACGACCACCACCACCAAGCCGAGCAUGAUGACUCGGCUGCGUGGCCACAACACGAAACACAAGACUGUAAAAACAACCACCAAGACCGCUCCCAAACCCCGCAGUAAGAAGACCAACUACGGCAUCCACAAGACACACCACCACAAGCGCAAGCCCACCAUAGGAGACAAGGUGUCGGGAGCUAUGUUGAAGAUGAAAGGGAGCCUGACCCACCGCCCAGGAGUCAAGGCUGCGGGAACUCGUCGCAUGCAUGGGACUGAUGGACGCGGAAGCCAUUAUUAG